AAUGAAAUUCCUGCUAUUUAUGGUCUUCUGCGCUACGCUCACUCAAUCCCACACAAGAAGCAUUACAAAAGUCGCUAACACAGGCACAGCAGCAGCGUUUGGUCAUGACUAUCAUAACUCAUCUAAGUACGGUUAUGGUUAUGAGCAACCGAGAAUUCAAUUCAAUUAUCCAAAAGCCCAGAACACACACAUGAACUACAAAGCAUUGGAGAAAAUUAAUUACCUGAACUAUCAAUCAGCACAUUCGAAGCUAAAGCCAGUCGGCAGUGUACCUAUGCGAUUGCUAUUUCAAAUGCCCAAGAUGCAUGCUGGCAAGCCUUAUAGAGACGAAAAGGAUCUGCGUACAAUUAUGGAGGAGCGCGAAAUGCGACGACCGGCACCACGGCGUUUAGUGCCAUACAACGAGGUAAUCAUCAGAAUUGACAGCAAUAAACAUUUUACUAAACUACCAAAUGAAAUGGCUAAACAAAUCAACAAAAUUUUUUAA